AUGUGGCAAUUUUUCCUCGACCACUGGAAUGGUGUUAGCCUUUUUCUGCCCCCUUACACAGAAUCAUCCCCACAAAUCCAUUUAUAUACAGACGCAGCGGGUGCAGUCGGAUACGGGGCCUUCUUUGACAAUCAGUGGUUCCAGGGAAAAUGGCUCCCCUCCCACCAGCUCAACCCCUCCACAGGGAUAAGUAUUACCUGGCAAGAGCUUUACCCAAUUUACCUUGCCUGCAUGAUUUGGGGGCCCCAUUGGGCUAACAGGAGAAUUUGUUUCCAUUGUGACAACCAGGCAGUCGUCGCACUUCUGUCUGCUAAAAGCUCAAAAAUUCCCCGCAUCAUGAACCUUGUCCGUUUGAUCACCUUUCAAACUUUGAAGUUUAAUUUUACCUUUACCGCAAAGCACGUCCCAGGGGUCGACAACGGCAUAGCUGAUAGUUUAUCUCGCUUUCAGAUGCCCCGGUUCCACCAACUCGCACCUGAUGCAUCGCCCGUUCCCUGUCCAAUCCCUCCUUUCCUGACGAAAGUCUAACUAUGCAGGCUGCUCACUACAUUUUCCAGCCCAUCGCCAGCUCUACUCGUCGAACCUAUUCCUCUGGGGAGCGACACUUUAUUAGAUUUUGCCUUUUUCAUAAACUCAUUUCACCCCAAACCCCUUUUCUCCCUACCAGUGAAUCAACCUUAAUUCAUUUCGUCACCCACUUAUCCAAUACCGUUUCGUAUGGCACUAUUAAAGUUUAUCUGGCAGCAGUUACGAAUCUCCAUGUUGAGUUUGGCUGUCCCCUGGACUUCUCCUCCAUGCCCUUCCUAUACAAGACCCUUCGAGGGAUCAAAUCCUCCCUCGGUAUUGCCAAACGGGCCCGGUUCCCUAUUACUAUUUCGAUCCUCCGCCAAAUUUAUGCCAAACUAAAACCCUUCCAAUCGUUGGACACAGAUUCUUCAAUGUUGUGGGCUGCUUUUACCCUUGCGUUCUUUGGCUUUCUACGUAGUAGCGAAUUCACUUACAACGGCAAGUUCAAUAUUCAAUCCCACCUGACAAGAUCGGACGUCCACUUUUACCCCAACAUUGUCCAACCUGUGUCUUUCGAGGUUGUCAUCAAGAAGUCCAAAACAGACCCUUUCCGUGAGACAGCCAAGCUCACUAUCGCCAAAUCAAACUCUACUGUAUGUGCAGUCACCGCGUUAAGAGACUACCUGCUUCAAACUAAUCCCAGUGGAGCUACCCAGCCCCUCUUCCAAUUCUCGGAUGGACGACAUCUUACUCGGUCCUCCCUCACCAACAACUUACGGGCUCUUCUCAAGGUUUGUGGAUUGGAUAGUACCUGCUAUGCAUCACACAGUUUCCGCAUUGGAGCAGCCACUACUGCGGGGGCUGCUGGCCUUCCAGACUGGCUCAUUAAAGUUCUUGGCCGUUGGAAAUCUGAUGCAUAUCAGUCGUACAUCAGGACACCCAAAGAAACCAUUUUCCAAGUCCCUCAAAAUUUGGCCUCCUGUCUAUCCAGUUAA